AGUAGUGGAUUGAUACUAGCCGGCGUUGGACUAGCCACAAUUGGCUUUGGUGCGCGCUAUUUGAUGAGGAAUCAAGCAAUAAUCAAGAAAGGUCUUGAGGCUCUUCCUGGAGGUGUGUUCGAUAAAUAUCAUCGAGGUGGCUUUGAACCAAAGAUGACGAGACGAGAAGCAGCCAUGAUUCUUGGGUUACCUGUUACAGCCAAACCAAAUCGAAUCAAGGAAGCUCACAAACGGAUCAUGAUUGUAAACCACCCUGACCGAGGUAUGCUUCUAACGUCUGCGAGUUAA